AUGAAACGACAACAUAACCUAUAUUUAUUAUUUACAUGUGUCAAAUAUAAAAAGAUUUUUAUGUGGUUAUAUUUAAAAUGCCGAAAGAACAAUAUAGAGAAGCGGAUGUAGUCCGAAAAAUAUCCCAUGUUAGUUUUGGGGUUGAAAGCUCCGAAAGUAUGCAACAACAAGCCCAUAUACAUGUUGUUGCAAAAAAUUUAUACAACCAAGAUUUACAACGAACCCCAAUUCCUUAUGGAGUCUUAGAUAAACGACUUGGUACAAAUUCAAAGGAUUCGCCUUGUUUAACAUGUGGAAAACACCUAAACGAAUGUGUUGGUCACUUUGGAUACAUAGACUUAGAGCUCCCUGUGUUCCAUACAGGUUAUUUUCGUAGCAUCAUAAAUAUACUUCAAACAAUUUGCAAGAAAUGUUCGAGAGUUUUAUUGAGCGAUUCCGAUAGAGAUUUAUUUCGAUUCAAAUUGAUUAAUCCUAAUUUAUGUUACAUGACAAAAAGAAAUUUACGAAAAAAGAUUACCGAUAAAUGCAAAAAAGUGCAUAAAUGCCCACAUUGUAAGGAUAUUAAUGGGGUUGUUAAAAAAAUGGGGGCCACUAAAUCUUCAGCGUCCGGUUCGGUUUUAAAAAUUGUUCAUGAAAAAUUUAGGGGGAAAAAAGAAAAAGAUCCCGUUGUGCAGGAACAAAUGGAGGAAUUUGCUAAAGCUAUUGAAAUGAAUCCAGAUAUUCAAGUUUCAUUAACAUCCGGUCCUAUUUUGGAGAUUUUAACACCUAUAGACGUUUUAAAAUUGUUUCAAAGAAUUCCUAAUCAAGAUAUUCCUUUGUUGGCUAUGGAUCAGGGAAGAGCCACCCCAAAAGAUUUAAUUUUAACACGAAUCUUGGUACCACCUGUUUGUAUAAGACCCUCAGUUAUUUCUGAUUUAAAAUCAGGAACAAAUGAAGAUGAUUUGACAAUGAAGCAAUCAGAAAUUAUUUUUAUAAAUGAUGUUAUUAAAAAACAUAAAUUAUCUGGAGCGAAUGUUAAUAUUUACCAAGAAGGUUGGGAUUUUUUGCAACUACAAACAGCUUUAUAUAUAAAUUCAGAUCUCUCUGGAAUUCCUUUAGCAAUGAUGCCAAAAAAACCUGGUCGAGGAUUAGUACAACGUUUAAAAGGGAAACAAGGUCGUUUUCGCGGGAAUUUAUCCGGAAAGCGAGUUGAUUUUUCAUCAAGAACCGUAAUUUCACCAGAUCCAAACUUAGAAAUAGACCAAGUUGGAGUUCCCGUCCAUGUAGCGAUGACCCUAACGUAUCCAGAACGAGUUAUUCACGCCAACAUUAAUCUAUUAAAACAAUUAGUUAUUAACGGCCCCGAUGUUUGGCCCGGCGCAAAUUACGUACAACAAAAAGGAUCGUUAUUUAAAAAAUAUCUAAAAUAUGGAAAUCGCGAAAGAUUAGCUCAAGAAUUAAAAUUGGGCGAUUUGGUUGAAAGGCAUCUCCACAACGAUGAUGUUGUUUUAUUUAACAGACAACCGAGUUUACAUAAAUUAUCGAUUAUGGCUCAUCGGGCUAAAAUUCAUUUUAAUCGAACGUUUCGAUUUAAUGAAUGUGUUUGUAAUCCAUACAACGCUGAUUUUGACGGCGAUGAAAUGAAUUUGCAUUUACCCCAAACUGAAGAGGCAAAAGCUGAAGCUUUAAUUUUAAUGGGAAAUAAAAGUAAUUUGGUGACUGCUCGAAACGGGGAAUUAUUAAUCGCCGCUACUCAAGAUUUUUUAACUGGCGCUUAUAUUUUAUCUUCUAAAGACACCUUUUUAGAUAAAGCUCACGCCGUGCAAUUAGCUGCAACUUUAUUGGCCGGAAAUGAUUCCGCUGCAACUGUUGAGCUUCCAAAACCGGCUAUUUUAAAACCUCGCCGUUUAUGGACUGGAAAACAAAUAAUAAGUUUAAUUUUUAAACCGAACAAAGCCAACCCAGUUAAAGCCAAUUUAGAAGUAAAAGGAAACGCGUACACAAGAAAUCAAGAACUUUGCGUGAACGAUUCUUACAUAAUAAUCCGUAACUCCCAAUUAAUAGCUGGAAGGUUGGAUAAAAAACAUUUAGGUUCUGGGGGAAAAGCUGGAAACAUUUUUUACAUAAUCCUAAGAGAUUUUGGUCAAGAAUUCGCGAUACGAUCCAUGUGGAGAUUGGCGAAAAUGGCCUCUUAUCUCCUCAUGAAUACGGGCUUUUCAAUAGGAAUCGGAGAUGUAACCCCUUCUGCGAUCUUAUUAAACCGAAAAUACGGUUUACUUAAAGAUGGUUAUUCAAAAUGUGACGAUUACAUCCAACAAAUGGCAAAUGGAACUUUAAAACCCGAAGCUGGAUUUAGCGUUGAACAAUCAUUAGAGGCCGUUAUCUUAAAAGAAUUAUCUGUUAUUCGUGAUCACGCAGGAAAAGCUUGCGUUGCGGAGUUAGUUCCAACUAAUAGCCCGUUAAUUAUGGCGUUAUCCGGUUCGAAAGGAUCGGUUAUUAAUAUUUCCCAGAUGAUUGCUUGUGUUGGACAACAAGCUUUAAAUGGAAAACGAGUCCCAAAUGGAUUUUAUAACCGAUCAUUACCACACUUUGAAUUUGAAUCAAAAACUCCCGCUGCUAAAGGCUUCGUAGAAAAUAGUUUUUACUCAGGAUUAACCCCAACAGAAUUUUUCUUCCACACAAUGGGAGGAAGAGAAGGUUUAGUUGAUACAGCGGUAAAAACCGCUGAAACUGGGUACAUGCAACGACGUUUAGUUAAAUCUCUAGAAGAUUUAGUUGUUCAUUACGAUGGUUCGGUUCGUAACGCAGAAGGAGAUAUCGUUCAAUUAACUUAUGGUUGUGAUGGUUUAGAUCCAACUUACAUGGAAGGAAAAGAUUGCCCGGUCGAUUUUGAUAGAGUCCUAAAACACAUUCAAGCUAAAUGCCCUUACAGGGAUGAAACGGCUUUAGACGCCAAUCAAAUCAGAAAGGCGACUCAAGCCUUCAUUUGUACAAACAGCUUAAAAGAAACCAGCCAAGAAUUUCAAAAUGAAUUACGAUCGUUUAUGGAAAAAGUCGCGCAAGAUGUGGAGAAAGCUUUAAAAAAUUACGGAAAAGCUCAGGUAGGAAAAGAAGUGAUGCGAUUAACUUGUAGCCAAUUAGUAACAUUUUUGGAAACGUGCGGACAAAAAUAUGUAAGAUCGAUUAUUGAACCUGGAACAGCCGUUGGGGCUUUGGCCGCGCAAAGCAUUGGGGAACCAGGGACUCAAAUGACGUUAAAAACGUUUCAUUUCGCUGGUGUUGCAAGUAUGAAUAUCACUCAAGGAGUUCCAAGGGUUAAAGAAAUUAUCAAUGCAAGUAAAUCGAUUAGUACACCAAUAAUAAGAGCUUCUUUAACGAGUCCUUAUGAUAAAGAAUUUGCGAGGCGUGUUAAAUGUAGAAUUGAAAGGACAACUUUAGAGGAUAUAUGCGAUGCAAUUCAUACAGUAUAUGAAGGAGGUGACGCUUACUUAAAAAUAGUCCUUUCCCUUGAUAAAAUAAGAGAACUCCAAUUAGAAGUAGAUGUAGACACUAUAAAAUACAGUUUAUGCACUUCAAAAUUAAAAAUAAAACCGUCAGACGUAAAUAUACGUUCAUCUUCCGUAAUAACAGUAAACCCCAACAGUAAAAGUCAACAAAAAAUGAAUAUUAAUCUCUACGAAUUAAACGCCUCGAUUCCAAGUGUCGUAAUAAAAGGGUUACCAAACGUAAGCCGAGCUGUUAUUGAACCAGAAGUAAAAGAUGGUGUAACACGUUAUCAUCUAUGUAUUGAAGGUGAUAAUUUAAGGGAGGUUAUGGCUACUUAUGGGGUUGUUGGUACAAAAACGGUGUCUAAUAAUAUCAUUGAGGUGUUUCAUACGCUUGGUAUAGAAGCGGCGAGACAAACUAUAAUGACUGAAAUUAAAACUGUUAUGGAAAAUCAUGGUAUGAGUGUGGAUUUUCGUCACAUAAUGUUAUUGGCGGCUCAAAUGACGCAUACUGGAGAAGUAUUGGGUAUUACAAGACAGGGUUUAGCCAAAAUGAAACAAUCAGUAUUGAAUUUAGCUUCGUUUGAAAAAACUGCAGAUCAUCUUUUUGAUGCUGCAUAUCAUGGUCAAACUGAUAAAAUUAAUGGUGUUUCAGAAAACAUUAUAAUGGGAAUGCCUGCUCCUAUUGGAACAGGUUUAUUUAAGCUUUUACAUAAACCUUUAGAUGUAGACGAAAACCCAGAAUCAUUACCCCUACUUUUUGAAAGCGCUUUAGAAUAAAGUUAAUUUUGAUAUUUAAAAGAUUGUUAUAAAUAAAUAAGAUUUUUUAAGA